AUGGGCAGUCGUUACGAGUCCAGCGAAGGCAAGAAGGUCUACAUAGGAAACCUGAACCCGGAGGCCACCGUAGACGACGUGGAAUCUCUGUUUUCAAAAUUCGGCACUAUUGCGAACGUAUGGGUGGCCCGCAGGCCCCCGGGGUUCGCCUUUGUGACCUUCGAGGACUCCCGCGACGCAAGUGACGCCAUCGACGAAUUGGAUGGAACCGAGUUCAAGGGCCAAAACCUGAAGGUUGAACUGUCUAAGGGUCCACGUCCUAGGCAUCGCAGGGACCGCAGCAGGGGAAGAGACCCCUAUUCUUCUAGACGUAGCCCGAGGCAGGCGCAUCAGGUCCCGCAGCCCCAGCUACGGGAGGGCGAGCUCUAG